AGCUGGGCAGGGAACACAGUCAAACAUUGUACUCCAGCAGGUUGGAGCAAGUGAGAGCGAGCUGGCAUCAUUCUGUACUAUUGAAAAAAAAAAAAAAUCAGUUUAAAUCAAGUAUCAGAAGCUACAUAGGCAUUACAGCCUAUGCCACAACAGUGAUUUGAGUUAUUUCUAGAUAUCAAACAGUCUAUUUUGAGGAGUUUUUUUUUAAGGCAAGCGGAGAAGUCGUGUCUGUUCUGCUCCAGUGAGCUGCGUUUUUCUUCGACUUUGUACAAAGGAGGAUCUGUCCGCUCUGCUGCAGGUGGAUAACUGCGCUCAGGUAAUGUAACUCGAAACUGAACCAUGUGACCAAUGGCGAUUUGAAGAGUAGACGAAAAAAACUACUUUACAUAAAAAAACCCAACCGGUGGUGCAGUCGAGGAUGUAGUUUGGCACUGGAGGAGCCAUUGUGUUUCAGGUGUACGGAAAACUUUUUUUUUUUUAUUUCUGAAGAUGUUACCUGUCAUUUUCAUUGGACUAAACCAUUUUUUGCAGUUUCAUUUUUGACAAGGUGAGGCGGAAGCAACAUGGUUCAUUCGUGAUCAACCUGCUCGAUGUUUCCCGUUUUGCUCUGACCACUUUAAAGCAGCCGGAUCAAGGCUGUUCAAGGAGGACGAUAAAUCCACACAGUGUAUGCUGGACCUAAUGAGAUGGACCCAAGCUGAUGCCCUAAAGUCCCAGUCUGCCCUCGCUUGGCCCUGCUGGGUAGAGAUGGCAGCAUAUCCGGACGUGCUGGCCAUUCCCCGAGUUGUGGUUGGGAGUGUUUUACUGCUAGUACUGAGCAGUAAUCCAGUGUUGGGAAAUUUCACCACCAGUGCAAGUGGCACCCAUUCUAAUCAGACCUCUGGACCCAACAUUGCAGCUAUUGUGGCCCCUACGGUCACUCUGGGUGUCCUGGCCAUAGUCUUAGCUGUACUCGGCUGGCUCUUCUGCGUGGUGAAAAAGAAGAGGCAGACUGAAGGGACAUACAGACCCAGCGCUGAGGAACAAUCCGGUGCACGCAGCGUGGCGGCACCAGAUGCACUAAAGCUACCAAAGGAGGAGAGACUCAUUUGAGAUAUCGUGCUUUAUGUACUCAAAAAAACCUGUGAUGACGCAGACUGCAGACAUGUGCAUGACAGCGCUCCUGUGUGACCAGACUCUCCCUUGGGAUGAACAUUGAAAGAAAAAUCUCUCACAUUUGAGAGAGGACAGAGUGCCAAGUUUGAGGCACCGUGACAUGAUACAUUUCCUUACCGCUUCAUUGCAGCAAGCACUGAAUGGUCCCUGUGUGGCUUUAUAUGAGGAAAAGCAUCUGGAUGUAUCUUCCAGUGGAUUGUAAGACAACAGUUGAACAUUUCUAGGAGCUUUGGAACAUUUCUUCUGCACAAGUGAAACAGGAGCUUCAGUAUUUUAUCACCACUAAUCAUUUUAGUUUGACAUGUUUUUCUUGUUUCACUUUCGUUAAUAUUCAGUUUACCAUGUAACUGUACUUGAUUUGAUUCAAUCUAUUGUGAAAUACUGUUGCUAGCUAAAUCUGCACUCCUUUACCUUUACCUCAAACUACAGAAAGCCCUCAUGAGUCCAUUGCAUUUGAAACUGAUAAGUUUUUUAGCCUAGCAGUGAGAGUAAUCAAACACCUUAUCACAGUGCAAACAUUUUUGAUUGUACUGGGAAAUUAUACCCAGCAAAAGCAAACACUUGUUUACAACUUAAGUAUUCUUUGAAUAAUCAAACUAAAGUUGCAUUAUUUAAAAAAUUUCACUUCAGUAGAUCAGUGAUGCAGCGCAUUAUACAUUGUAAUCAAUCAGAGAUGUUAUACAAUGGCACAUAUUUAUUAAUGCUUUUGUCAAAUAAAUAGUAACAUAUUUGUGUAAUAGUUGAGUAAUUUAACUUUACAAAGCAUUUAAAAGUCCCUGCGGGAAAAUGAUCUCUUGUUCUAAGUUAUGAGUUUCUUAAAAAUACAUGAUGGUACUAAAGGUAUAUUUAUAUUCACGGUAUGCAAACUAAGAUUUGGAUGUGAAGCAGUGGGACAUUUAAUAAGUCACUGAAACACCCUCAUGGGCAGUGAGCCAUAAUUAGAUGCCUAAAAAGUAAAGACAGCAUUGGGAAAAUGAUAAAAGUCCAUAACUAGAUAUUUGUGCAGGGAUGAUAAAACAGCAAGGCAGAUAAGCACUCUUGGCAAUCAGAGAGCGGAAAGUUCAGCCCCUCAUGGUACCUAAACACUGAAGCCAUUGUUUGUCUCGCUGGGGAAAAAAGGUUAUCUGUAAUGAAAUGAAAAAGUGUUGAAUGAGUCUAAUCUUUUAGAGGUCUUUAAUUAAUCAAAAUAUUUGGAUAUAAGACAAAAGGUAACAUCAUGUAACACCAAAUUACACCUUUUACAGAUAUGUUUUCUGGUUCUUAAUAGAUUGUGUACAGAACAGUAACUUGUAUAGUCACAUAAUGUCAUUAGCAAUAGGGUGGAUGUUAAAUAAUGCUGUCAUCUAAUUAAGUUUGGACUGGUAAUGAGCUUUUUAUGUAUGACAUAGACUAAGAUAGUACUGGAAGUAUUUAUUUUUUAAAUCCCCAUCCAUUCUCUGAUAUUGGAUUUCUAGAGAAAACAUUCAUAUUCAGUGAUGCCUUGCUCUUUGAUGCCAGUCUACAAUUUAGCUGAUCAGAGAACAGAUAGAGUUUAUAUAAACAUAAAAAACAGCUAUAAAUAAUUUCUUCCUUAAAAGUGGGAUCCAGGUAAAUUUCUUAAAAACUGUUACUGUUGUGCUGUUUAACUUAUUUACAUGACAGCACAGUCGGUUACCUUGACUGUGUGUUUUAUGGGUAUAUUAUUUUUU